CUCAGUGUACGCGGUUGAGCUUUUUUGAUCAUAUGCACAAUUUGGUAUAAGUAAGUAGUAAACCCUAAUAACAAAUCCCAAAUCUAUAAUUUCAUCACAUCUUGUGCUUUUUUGAUUUGGAGAUUUGUAUUCUGAAACCAAAGCAAUCUACGAUCCCAACUAUACUGUGCACAUAAAGUCAGCGGUUAUCUUGCUAUUCAAUCUACUCAAAUUUGCACUACAAUGUCGGUCUCCGGCAUCCAAGGUCAACUUCUCGAGGUCACAGUGGUCGGAUGUAACAAAUUGAAAGACACCGAAUGGAUUUCAAGGCAAGAUCCCUACGUUUUUCUCGAGUAUGGAAGCAGCAAAUUUCGCACCCGAACUUGCACAGAUGGGGGCAAAAAUCCUACUUUUCAGGAGAAAUUUGUGUUCACUCUGAUAGAAGGGCUGCGGGAGUUGAGCGUCGUAGUCUGGAACAGCAAUACUCUCACUUUCGACGAUUUCAUCGGCACCGGAAAGGUUCCAUUGCAGAAAGUUUUGUCUGAGGGUUAUGAUGAUACCGCAUGGCCUCUCCAGGACAAAAGAGGGAGGCAUGCUGGAGAAGUUCGAUUGAUAAUGCACUUUUCUAAUGCCAAAAAGGCAGCGAAAAGCCACACUCCAUCAGCUCCAUCGUAUUCAAAUGCACCUCCAUAUUCAGCACCUCCACCAGUAGCUUCUUUUCCCCAGGCAAGCUAUCCUCCAUCGGGCUAUCCUCCAGCACCUCAUUAUCCUUCCUACCCUCCAAAUUCUGCAGCAUAUCCACCUAUGCAAUAUCAACAACCGCCAGCUGCCACUUAUCCUCCAACUUACCCUCCGACUUCAUCAUAUCCGCCACAGUCGGCCUAUCCCCCUCCUCCGCAGGACCCACAUAACUACCCUCCAGGUCCAUAUCCUCCAGUUCCAUAUCUAUAUCCUCGACCACCGUAUUGAGGUGUAUUGCCCUCAGACAAAGUUCACAAAGAAAACAAACCAGCCAAUAGCUGUCUGGUAGUCAAGCAUCCUUAACGUGAAGUGUAUAUACUUGGUAGCUACAUUGUCAUUAUAACGAAGCCUUCGUGUUCCUGAAACAUUUUCGCUUGCUAUGUUGCCUGUACCGUUGUAUCGCAUCUGCAUCCUGCACACUAUCCCUCCAGAUUUUUUGUAUCGCAAUUACUAUCAAUUUCUCUCAAUGAGCGUUUUGUGGCAA